CGAGCCCCUCAGUCGGCCCGCAAGCCUCGUCUUGGCGCGAUCGCGAGAGGCUCAGUGCGGCUCGUCCGCCUUGGCUGUCUCUCUCUCUCCCAUAUUGCACACUAACACUAACACACGUGUACAAAGACCGCGUGUGCGAUUUACGUUUUCUAUAAAAUCGUUCUCGACUUAUGCAAGUAAGGGCGGAUAUAAGUGUCAUGAGAUAACCCGGAGAUCGGAGCGGAGUAUAUAGAUAUAUUAGAGAGAGAGAGAGAGAGAUAUAUAUAUACCUUAUACGAGAGCGCAGCCCUGGCGGCAGCUGUUUACGCCCGCACCGACCGACAUCCAAUCGGCUCCAGAUAGUUGCAAGGUGUCGCGGAGUCACAAGCUGAGCACAGUCCCUAGAUGCUCUUCGCCCCAGGCCGACGAUUGUCCUGACACCGGACUACUAGCAGCAGCAGCAGCAGCAGCAGCGGCAGCAGGAGAAAAAAAGGAACCAACCCCAAAAGAGCAUCCCCGAUAGCUUGAGGCCGCAGCACAAGUCGGGGGGGAGGCAAGCAAGGGCUCAAGGGAAAGAGGCAUUCUAACCCGCGGAGCAGGGAAAAUCGAUGGCCAUCAGCGCCCAUGGGCGGCCUGGCGUUUAGAACGCGGAAUAGCCCCUCCCAGAAGACCUCGCUCCGCUGGGGCGACUGUUGCCCUCCGAAUUCCAGGCCCCCGGCGGCACUACGAUCGGCUGCCACGAGCACCGCACCAAAGACAGCCAUUGCUCGGGCCCCGUUCUAUCCGCCGCGUGGACCAGUCAGGCCGAUUCAGCUAACCUCGGCACUGUUCAGGAAGCCUAGGAGGUACCAGGACAUGACGCCCUUUCACGUCUGAGGCUGCCCCCCGCUGUUGCGUGACUGCACUCCCAGGGGCCUCCAAAGGUUUCCGAACGUUGGGAAAUCGGACCGACUACCGAACCUCUCGGACUUGGGUCUGCGUCAAUUGGAGUACACGCCGGUCGAACUAUCAGCGCCGAAGAUGAUCAACAUCGCGGGGGUCGUGUCGAUCGUUUUGUUUUACAUGCUCAUCUUGGGCGUGGGAAUAUGGGCCGCCCGGAAAAAGGAAGCCGGCAACGACUCCGAGGAGGAGGUGAUGCUGGCCGGCCGUUCCAUCGGCCUCUUCGUCGGCAUCUUCACGAUGACCGCCACUUGGGUCGGCGGUGGCUACAUCAACGGCACCGCCGAGGCCAUCUACACGAGGGGCCUCGUCUGGUGCCAGGCUCCCUUCGGCUACUCCCUCAGCCUCAUUUUCGGUGGAAUAUUCUUCGCCAACAAGAUGCGACAGCAGGGGUACAUCACGAUGCUGGACCCGCUCCAGGACGCGUUCGGUGAGCGUAUGGGUGGGCUCCUCUUCCUUCCAGCACUCUGCGGCGAGGUGUUCUGGGCGGCGGGCAUCCUUGCGGCCCUCGGCGCUACCCUAGCCGUUAUCAUUGACAUGGACCAAGGAACAUCGGUCAUACUGAGUGCCUGUAUCGCCGUCUUCUAUACACUAUUUGGUGGCCUCUAUUCCGUUGCUUAUACCGAUGUUAUUCAACUUUUCUGCAUAUUUAUCGGACUCUGGAUGUGCAUUCCGUUUGCCUGGGCGCAUCCGAUAGUGCAGCCUCUGGGCUCGAUGGACGUCGACUGGAUUGGCGCGGUGGAACCAAAGGAAUACUGGUCCUACUUGGACUAUGGACUGCUUUUAAUUUUCGGCGGUAUCCCGUGGCAAGUUUACUUUCAGAGGGUUCUCUCCUCGAAAUCCGCCGCGAGGGCUCAAAUACUCAGCUACGUGGCCGCUUUCGGAUGUAUACUUAUGGCUAUUCCACCCGUACUCAUUGGUGCUAUUGCGAAGGCUACUCCUUGGAACGAGACGGGCUACAAGGGUCCCUGGCCUCUCACGGAAACCGAGACUAGUAUGAUUCUGCCGAUGGUACUGCAGUACCUCACACCGGACUUCGUGUCGUUCUUCGGUCUCGGAGCAGUCUCGGCUGCUGUCAUGUCAUCCGCCGACAGCAGUAUCCUAUCGGCCAGCUCGAUGUUCGCGAGAAACGUGUACAAGCUCAUCUUCCGACAGCGGGCUUCGGAGAUGGAGAUCAUCUGGGUGAUGCGUGUGGGCAUCGGUGUGGUUGGAAUCCUGAGCACGAUCAUGGCCCUGACCAUCCCGUCGAUCUACGGUCUCUGGUCGAUGUGCUCGGACUUGGUCUACGUGAUCCUGUUCCCGCAGCUGCUGAUGGUCGUGCACUUCAAGCCGUACUGCAACACCUACGGCAGCCUGACGGCCUACAUAAUCGCUUUCGUCGUUCGCAUCAGCGGAGGCGAGCCGAUUAUGGGUCUGCCAGCUCUGAUCCAUUAUCCGGGAUACGACUACGAGAACAAGGUGCAGAUGUUCCCGUUCCGAACGAUGGCCAUGCUCAUAUCGCUCAUUACGCUCGUCGGAGUAUCCUACGGUACGCAGGUCGUCUUCCUCAGUGGUAGACUCGCCCCUGGUUACGACAUCUUCCGCUGCGUCGUCAAUAUUCCGGAGGAUGUGGAGAGGGUUGGACCCGAUCCAGCAGAGUCGGUGGUUCGCUACGUGGUGUUACAGGGCGAGCAGAUGUCAGUUCUAGCAGCCGGUGACGGUAGACUCUACGGCAGCAAGGAUGAAUCCAACGGACGAGUGAAUCCAGCACUCGAGCCGGACUACGACAUGGAGCCGGGAUACCCAGCGGUGGACCAGACGGGAAGCGGUGGCGGAGGCGGCGGUGGUUCAGCUGGACCAACUGCCCCAACCAUCGGUUCUCGUCAGGCCCAAAACAGUACCGCCUUCUAAUCGCGGACUCCGUGAUCGGAUGCUGUGACCAACAAUAAGCGCGGCGACGCGGCGGCCCACCCUAUCUCAUCCACUUCUUCUUCUCCUUCUUUGGUUAUCCAAUCAGGUUGUUGAAAUAAUUUAUUUUUCUUAACUUUUACCUACAACUUUGUUAUUCGAAUUUUAAAUUUCUUUGCUGUGUCGUCCUUUUUCGGUUCACCGGCGAAUCGCGAAAUUCUGAAAAUAUUUGGUCUCGGAAUUUCGCGGCUAGUCGAGAUCUUCUUCUUUCCGAUAAGCCGCGUCGCCUCUUAGGCCUAGUGAAUUACUAUAUAACUUACCGUUUUCGUUUGAGAUGUAUAUGUAACAUAUGAAUGCAUUUAUAUAGUCUACCAACUGCUUAUUAUUAUACUGAAGGUUUUACGUUGUUCGAGAAUAUAUUAUAUUAUAUCGGCCGAUCCGCCAAUCCGCGUUAUUAUCAAGAUCGUUGUUUUGUAUACAGAUAUAUAAUAUAUAUAUAUAAAAAAAAUGAGUUGAUUUUAUGGGAUGCAGGUCAUACACAAUAUAUAUGUACAUACAUGAGAGAGAGAUAGAGAUUAUCUAUGCAAUAUCGGUAUAUGUAUAGAGAGAGAGAGAGAGAGAGGACGUGUUGAUGAAUCUACGGGGCGAUAUUUUGUUUAUGAAAAUAUAAAGUUGAGAAGAAAAUGUUGCAAUACCUACAUGUAGAAACUUGAUCGUGAUGUCAAUUUCAGAAGAUUAUCGUACACGACACACUACUCACGCGAUUUUUGUUCAAUUUUAGGGAUAUACAAUAUAAAUAAUCCAUAGUUAUACAUAUAUUUGAAGUUUAGUAGAACGCUUUCGUCGUGUAUAACUCGCUGCGCCGCGUAAACGCUGAUCGUUUCCCUCGCUUGAUAAAGUUCCUCUGCAUAUCCGCGACGACUACUUAUUAUAAAACUGCAUACGAGAGUAUAAACGUAAACGCGUAUUUCGCUGCAGGUAUAAAUGCAUAAACGUGAAAAAUUAGCAAAAAACGCGUGACUAUGUAUUACUCGAUACGUGUUUCGUUGACCACAAAACCAUACAGUUGUUGAUUGUGAUUGUUCAUUAUUUUUUUUUCUUUCCUUUUAGUACAAUUGACGUUAGCAACGGCUUCUUUUUAGAUAACAUUAUUGAUAAUCAUAUUAUAACUGGAAGUUAAAAAUGGAUUUCUGUCGACUACUUUGUGAUAAAUAAAGUCUAAGUUUUUAUUGGUUAGGUAAAAAAAAAAAUAGUUAAAUUAUCGAUUGUAAAAUAUCUUUGUUAGAGGAUCGUAGUGAGAAAGAGAUGAAUUUAUUUAUGAACAUUAGUUUUUUUAAGUACAUGCGGUUUCAUCAUACGAAUAUGAUGAAUUUCAAAGAAAAAAAGUUGAGUAUAAUUAUUGCACUAUAAUUUGCCUAAGUGAAUAAUUUUGCUUGAGAAAUGUAUAUUUUUUGCCGAGUACAACCAAACACAGACGCGCCAGUCAAACGAAUAGAAAGCGUUUCCAAUGUUCGAAGGUGCACUUACAACAAUCGGCGGCUGUGACUACAUUUUUGCUCUUUAUUGUAAGUGCAUACCCCUUUCUCCGUCGUUAUCGGAUGAAUCAACGUCGUUUCAUUAAUAACGUCGCUACAGACAAAAUGAAAAAAAAAAAAAAAUUACAGAUAAAAAUAGGGGCUGAAGGAUAAAGGCAAUUUUCGCUCGACUGCGCGUCUCCGUAGGUGACUGGGCGGUAUUUCAUAAAAGAUGUAUAAAAUAUUUUUCUAACGGAAUACAAAAUGGCGGAUCAGCCUUCGAUGCAGAGCUUGUUGAGUUUUAUUAUAUAGUGUAUAGCAAAGGGAUUUUGUGUGCGCUGCACCGGAAAAAAAUUAUUAUAUCUAGCGUGCGCUAGCCAGUUACGUACAAAAACUCACACAUACACACACGUACACACCACGUAUACAUGUAGAUAUAAUAUUUUAAAGGUCAACUGUUUCGAAGGUGAACAAAAAUAAAUAAGAGAUAUACACUUAUGAUAUUAUGAUAAUAUACUGUUAUGAAAAAUACGCGCAAGAUUUUUUAAAGUCUUGAUUAGAUCGGUUAACGGUUAUAAAUUAUCGUUACGUGUUGUUGUAUGGAGCUUCAGUUUCUCAACGCGUCUGUAGUCGACUCUCGAUUUUGUUCUCUGUACAUACAUGCAUAGUACUUAUUACCGGACAGGGUGAGCUUGAAAAAAUCUUGCGAUCGUAUACCAUUGAAAGUGCGAAACAAAAAGACAAACAGACGAAUACCAUAUCAUAUACUGAAGGUAUAAGAAUUCAGCUAUAUUUAUUGAAAAAAAUAAAAA